AGGAGAGAGUGGGGAUAUCCCUUGCGGUUUUUUGUUAUUGUUAAUCAGCUGUUGGGGCUGCUUUUAACCCGUUAGUUGCUUUUACUUGCGCGCUCUCUCUCUCCGUUCUCCUCUCUUUGAGCUUUGCUCCAACUGCGCCAACGACUUUGCCUUUGCGCUGCUUUAGCUUCAUUUGCUUUGGUCGCCGCCUUUCAGUUACAAUUCGUAUUCCAAUUGGAACGCCGCGAUUUUCCUGCGUGCUCUCUGGUUUUCCGUUUUCCUCGCGCUUUUCUUCGCGUCUCGCCUGGCUGCAUUUGUAUUGGUAUUUGCAAUUGUUUCGCAUGCAAUUUGUUUGUGCAAUUCGGAAAAUUAUGAAAAGUUAAUCAACGGAAAAAAACAACAUAACAAGCCGAAUCGUAGAAUAAAAGUAAUAUUUUGGCAGGCGAACAAAUUGCAUUUGACCCGCUUAAAUCGUGUUAAACUCAGUUUUUAGUGUGCUUUUCAUGUUUCUAAUUUGCCCAAAAACUGCGAAAUGACCUUCGAAUGUUGUUAGUUGUUGCUUUUGUCUCUUUUGUACAUUUUCGGUGCGUGUAAUUCGGUCGACAGAGACGCCGGCUGCGACGUCGACUGCAAGCAACAACAAAAAGAAAUAAACACAAAAAAAUAAUUAGCCCAGCGUCAUCAAGUUUUAAUGAUCGAAAUGACGUUAUAUAAUCUGUAAAAGAGCCAAGAAAAACCACACAAAAAAUGCAAUCAAGCCAAUUGUCAGUUUUGAGAUUCUUGCGGUUAAUUUAAUUAAGUGAUUAGAUCACUGCCAUAUGCAAAUUAGAAUAAGUUGUGGAAGAAACAGAACGCCUUUUAAAAGUCAUCUUCUUUUUAAGGUUUUAAAUUUUUUUUAAUUUUAAAAUUUUGUUUUGUAUAAACUCAUGGAACAAAGUCAAAGUGUAAUAUAAUUGGAAGCACUUUCAGUUUUUCUUGGUGUCCCGGUGUCGUAUACGCAAUUUAUCGUAGUCUGCUUUUGCAAAGUGCUUAUCAAAAGUCUGAUAUGCUUGACAGCUGAAAAAUAAACAAAAAUGAGAUAAAAAAGAACGAAAUCGAAACUGAAAUUGAACAUUUUGAGAUUUGCAAUUGCCUGAAAAUGAAUUGAAUUUCCGAAUAAUUUGGGAAAAGCUAAAUUGUAAAAGUUUCACACAACUACAACGUUCUUAUUUUUAAAUGAUAAUAAUAAUUCCUACGAAUAAUGCUAGUUAACUAGCAACAAUAAGAAUAAAAAUAACAAGGGUCGGAAUUGAAAUAGCAGGAAAAAAAGGUGAUAAGCGAGAAGCAAAAAGGGGAAACGCAAAUUUGUGAGAAGCCAAGGUGAUAAAAAUAAAGGCAAUUAAAGUGGUCAGAUAAGGAGAAAAGGGGAAGAGGUUCGAAAUCGCAAUUCGUUUGCUAAGCGGUAGCGAAAAAUGUUAUAAACAAUUAGGAAGUCGAAAGCAAAGUAAAGGGAAAAACUUAUUGUCAAUUAUAGAUUAGAUGAACAUUUCGUUUACGAAAAUAUUUUUAUCAUUUUUCUUUGAUUUUUAUAUGAUACCAAAUAUUUCUGCCCUGUAAUUUAAAGCAUAAUGUAUAUUUAUUAAAAGAACUGUAAUUAGAAAACUGACCACAAAAUAGAGAGCGACACAUUAGAGAGUGAAUUGGGCAGAGUGAAAGAGUACUUUUAUUUCUGGUAUUCAGAACGUAACCCAUUUGGCGAUGAUGACUGUUCCGUUCUGUCAACAUCCGCGGCAGCUGUUGAAUUAAGCUUAUUAAAUUUCUGUUGUUUUUAGCAAAAUGUUAUACCCCACAACGGCAAUUGACAUUUACAGUGAAAUAAAGUGAGACGGGGGAAAAUAAAAAUAAAGCCAAUAAAAAAGCGAAUCGUAACGAAAAGCUGACCAAAACAAACGGCAAAAACAAUGUAAUUGUUGAAAUGUAAAUCGCCGCCGAGUGCAACGUAAAAACAACCAAGUAAACAAAAGCCGAAAAAAAAACACCAGCACAAUAGCCAGUGAAAAGCGGGUGGAGAAGUGAGAAAAAUUAGUGGAAAAUCGGGUAAAAUAAUGCGGCAUUUAAUCAUGACCCCGGCGUCGCUGUCGGCGUCGACGCCGACGCUUUCCACGCUGCAUCACCAGCGAAUGGCGCUGCAGUCGCAGUCGCAGUCGCCGCUGGCGUCGCCGUUAACCCCAUCGCCAUCAUCGGUCUUCGGCUCGCCCAAGUUCCCAGCGAAUUACGAGCGCAGCGAAAAAAUAAAACUCAAAAAGGUCUUGGGCCUGACUGUGUGCAGCAAUGCGGCUUUGGAUGUGUCCCCAGUCAGCGGCCUGCUGGCCUAUCCAGCUGGCUGCACCGUGGUGCUGUUCAACGCGAAGCGCCAGACGCAGGCCUACUUGGUCAACACCUCCCGCAAAGCAUUCACCUCCGUGGCAUUUUCGCGAUGUGGUCGAUAUGUGGCCACCGGCGAAUGUGGCAUCAAUCCGGCGAUCAAAGUCUGGGAACUGGAAACGCCCAACGGAAGUCUGGAGCACUGCACCGGCGGCAGUGUUGUGGCGGAGUUUGUGGACCACAAAUAUGCCGUCACCUGUGUGGCCUUUUCGCCGACGGGCAAGUACCUGGUUUCGGUGGGCUCCCAGCACGACAUGAUUGUCAACGUGUUCGACUGGCGGGCCAACCUCAAGAUGGCCUCGAAUAAAAUCAGCUCCAAGGUGGCCGCCGUGUGUUUUGCCGAGGAUGGCAGCUAUUUCGUCACCGUGGGCAACCGCCAUGUUAAAUACUGGUAUCUGGAGGGAGGAAGAAAGUACAAGGAUCCCAUUCCCCUGAUGGGACGCAGCGCCAUUCUGGGCGAUUUGCGGGACAACGACUUCUGUGCAGUGGCAUGCGGCAAGGGAAUCGCUUCGGAGAGCACGUACGCCAUCACGCGGCAAGGACAUUUGGUAGAGUUCAGCUCACGCCGCCUUUUGGACAAGUGGGUGCAGUGCCGCACCACCAACGCCAACUGUAUCUGCGUGAAUGAGAGAUUCAUCCUUGUGGGCUGUGCCGAGUCCAUCAUUCGUAUCUUCAACGCAGCCACGCUCGAGUACGUGACCACUCUGCCCAGGACUCACUACUUGGGCGUGGAUGUGGCCCAAGGCAUCCAGAUCAACCACAUCAUGUCGGUGCCGCAGCAGGCCAAGUUUCCCGACUGCAUUGCCAUGGUGUUCGACGAACAGCGUUGCAAGGUGAGCUGCGUUUACAACGAUCACUCCUUGUACAUCUGGGAUCUGCGCGACAUCUCACGCGUGGGCAAGUCGCACUCGUUCCUGUACCAUUCCACGUGCAUCUGGGGCGUGGAGACAGUGCCAUAUAAUGUUGAGCGGGAGCCAUCGCAAACACUUCCGGAGGAGUGCUUCGUCACCUGCUCCUCGGACGACACGAUCCGCGUUUGGGGAUUGGAUGGAUGCACCAAUAACGAUAUUUACCGAAGGAACAUCUACUCCAAGGAGCUGCUGAAGAUCGUGUACAGCGACGAGGAGCUGCAGUUCAUCAAGGAUCAGGGAUCUUCGCUGUUUGAUAAAGCCGGAAAUUCCUCUUAUGAUGGAAGGAAUGGGGUGCGUUGCAUCAAGAUCAGUCCGGAACUGCAGCACCUGGCCAGUGGAGAUCGGUGCGGCAACAUACGUGUCUAUAGUCUUGUCAAUCUACGCCUGCUCACCACCAUCGAAGCCCAUGAGUCGGAGGUGCUGUGCCUGGAGUAUUCUAAUGAACGGAUCGAGCGAAAGUUGCUAGCCAGUGCCAGUAGGGAUCGUCUGAUCCACGUUUUUGAUGUGGCCCAGAAUUACUUGUUGCUACAGACGCUGGACGAUCACAGCUCCUCGAUCACCUCCAUUAAGUUUGUGGGUGCCGGACUCAACUUCCAGAUGAUUAGCUGCGGGGCCGACAAGUCCAUUAUGUUUAGGAGUUUUCAGGGAAACAUCUUUAUGAGGGGUACCAACACCUCCGGAAAGACGACGCUGUACGACAUGGAGGUGGACUCGAAUUCCAAGCACAUCUUGACCGCCUGUCAGGACCGCAAUGUGCGAGUCUACGGAACUCAGAAUGCCAAACAAACAAAGACCUUCAAGGGCUCCCAUUCAGACGAGGGAAGCCUGAUCAAGCUGAGCCUCGAUCCCAGUGGCAUCUAUGUGGCCACUUCGUGCACGGAUAAAACCCUGGCCGUAUAUGAUUACUACUCCAGCGAGUGCAUGGCGAGGAUGUAUGGUCACAGUGAACUGGUCACGGGUCUGAAGUUCACCAACGAUUGCAGACAUUUAAUUUCGGCAAGUGGUGAUGGUUGCAUUUUCAUCUGGCAAGUGCCACACGAUAUGAUUGUGACCAUGCAGGCGAGGAUGUCACAACAGCGUCUCAGAUCGGGUCAUGCUCCGUUGCCACGCCCCCUGGCGCCCAUUUCACCACCGGAUGGGAUAGUCCUCGAUUCUCCUACCAGUGAAAUAGAGCAGCCGCAAUUGCAGCCCAAGUUUGGAGUGGCCGAGAGGUUCUCCGAUGUGGGUCAACUGCCGCAGUGGGCGAUGCGUAAAGCAGCAGCGGAUUCGGAUAGUGGAGCUCUGUCCAUACCCACACCCAGUGGUGGAUCCACGAAUGUACCUGCCAUGCACGCCGCUUCAUCGAUGGGAAAUCUGAGCUCAUCACCGAGUCAACAAAUGCCCGGAUUGGCACCCAGAGCCAGGGGAAGAUGGGCCCAGAGGAGCACUCAACUGGAAACCGCCGAGGACCUGCGUUCCAACUCAGAAAGUCCCCUGGGAACAGUGUCCUCUGUAGGUGGUCACAGCGGUGUAAAUGUCCAGACCUCUGAUUACAAUAGUGCCUCUUCCAAGGACAUUACGUACAAUCAAACCUACUUGAGCGAGGACUCCUCCAUCGAUUCCGGAAUGGAGACGCGAAGGGGUGAACUCAAGUUUAUCGGCAGCAGCAAUAACGGAACGGUGGUCACUGUGUCCUCCGUUUCCGCGAUGGCUGUUUCUGCCUCCAAUGGUGCCAUGUCAACGGGUUCUGGAGCUGCUCAGCAGCGUCUCCAGCUGCCGGAUAAGCGACUAAAGCCGGGUCUGCGAUUCGAUACCCACACCCACGAUCACGAUGGGGAUGUGGAGGAUAUCUCGGAUGGAGAGAGAACUAGCUCCGAUCAUGGAAUGUUCUACAACAACCUUGCGCCCAGCACGCCGACAGAUUUCAAGGUGACGGCCAUGAACGAGGAUGAGCUGCGCAAGUCGGUGCGCCGUCAGAAGUUCGAGAAGUCCGGCCUUCAGCUAACCCCAUCGGCGCUCAGCGGAAAUGGAAGUUCGCAUACGGCGAGCACCGGAACAGGAACUGGGACCUCCGAUACCGAAGACGAGGGCUCUACGCCCAGUGCCGAGAAUGCAGAGCGCUCACUGGCCUCCACGCUGGGCGGCAGCUCGGAAAAUCUACCCCAGAGCAGCAACAACAGCUUCCUGCAUGCCGCUUUACCCGAAGGACCGGGAUUAACAACGCCCAUGGAAAGGGGUGGCAGCAGUCGCCGCAGCAUCAGCGCCAAGCACAACACGGAAAAUGGGAAAAGCGUGGCUGCCCCGCCCACCAUCACCAAGUCGUAUACGAGCACCAAAAAGGAGGAGCUGCUGCAGGUCAUCAACAAGGUCAAGCAGCAACUGGAGAAUGGUACGCGCAAAAAUGGCAACUCAAGGUUGAAUGCUAUAGCCGAGGUAGGCCAUAGACCCCUUCGGGGAAGCCAUAGCAUAUCGGACCUGAGUCUGGCUGCCAAUUUGGAUGGCUCGAGGAGUGCGGGCGGAGGACCAGGACGUUACACAAAGCCGGUUGCUUCCCAUGACACUUCGCAGUGUAUUAGCUCCCAAAACACAACAGCAAAUGCUGCAACUACGAACAUCCAGCAACAGCCAAUGCAGCAGCCAUAUCAAAUAACAAAGGAGCAACAUCAGCUUUAUACUCCUCCUGCUUCCCAGCAUUUCUUCAAUUGUGCUGCCCCAAAGUCCAAAUUGCAACAGAAUUUCCAGACCAUGCGACAGGUUCAACAACAUUAUCCUCCCUAUCCCCAUCAUGUGGGUGUGCACCAGAUUCAUCCACCACCUGGCGUUCCAUUUGCUGGAUCUGCAGGGGGAUCCUCAUCUGCAAUGCGUUCGCAUUCCCAGCAGCAACAUCAUAAUCAUCAUCAGCAGCAGCAAAUGCAGCAGCAACAGAGGGUUAAAAGAAAUCCAGCUGGGAACAAUAGACGCACGCCUAGUAUUUUAAAACACUAUAAAUCCUGUCCAGUAUCGCCAGUCCACGAAGAAGUUGAAUGGUCUGCCGAGGGAAAUGAGAGAGGAGCUCUACUUGGAGAACCAAAGAGGCACUCGGUUUAUGCAGAUGAUGCGAGAACCAUUUUGGAUAUGAUCCAUGCAGAUACGGAAAAGAUGAUCGAUGAGAUCACCCGGAAGUAUGGAGAUUUGGAUGAGCCCAGUAUUCCGGCUUCGUACUCCAUGCCAGCGAAUCUGAGAGGGUUGGGAGGACUGGGUUCCACUGGUGAUUCCACGCCCACGGGCAGAACCACACAGUAUUAUGUUUACAGGGAGUUCUAUCAAUGCGAGAGGAAGGUAUCCCUCUCGGAUAUCCUGCAACCUGAGCAAUUUGCGGCCAGUCAGAGGAGAUUGGACGAGGCCAGGUUCCUGGAGACCCAACGACAUUCCAGCGCCAGUUUUUUCCUCACCGGUCAGCAGAGUCAGGAGUCUUUAUCCCUACUUUCCGAUGGCGAUGGCCCGGGAAGUUGUUGCAACAGUCUGGAGAGCGUUCUGUCGGACGAAAGUGAUUGCCAGAGUGCUCCUCUGGAGUAUCCCCAAACCCAGGUGGCUGUUCUCCAGCAGCGCCAUGCUGGCAUCCGGAACUUUAUCAUCCACGGUCCAGUGUCUAAGUCCUAUGGAAAUAGCCCAAAUGCCUAUGGCAGCUUCGAUUACUACAUGCGACAGCAACAUUCAACGGCAACGGAUAGUUUCGAUGUGACCGGCUACAAUCUGGAGCCACUGAAACCACUGCCCAGUUCGAAGACAUAUCCCAGAAUAGCUCAGGUUCAGGCCUCGGAAAAUAUACCCACUCUGCGGUCGAAGAACAAGCAAUAUAACUCAGGUGUUAACAAGUCCUUAAGUACGGACUUUGCACAACAGCGACAGCAGCGGAACUCGAAUCCCAUGCAAACAGGGAACAAUAUGUUUGUGCGAAAGCCACUGAAACCCAAGCCACCAGUACCGGUGAAGCCACAAAACCUAGUCAGCACUUUGAGCCACAUGGAAAAGCAGCAAAAGCAGCAGCAGAAAUCCCAGUCCAGAACUGCCAGUGUAGUGCAGCAAUUUGAGCACAAUUUGCAGAAGUUCGAGAAGGAAAAGCAAAGGGAAAGGGAUCAGCAAAGAAGGCCGGCGAUGAGGAGUUCCGUGAGUUCUGGUGCUCUGGCCGGAGGAUCUGCAACCCAGAGUUGUUUGAAGAAAGUCUCCCGUUUUGAUACCAGCGAGAGCAGUCGUCGAGCCACUAGUGUGAGGCAAAAGAGUAGGCCAAAGAUCUCCGUGCGCUUCAAUACAGUCUCGCAGAUCAAGUAUACGCCCAGUGCCAAAAGGGAAAGGCAGGCGAGAGAGGAAGAGCCACCGGAAAUGGAAGUGGGCAGCCUGCCCAGCGAUUAUGGAGAGCGCAGUUUCGAAAUGUACUUCACUGAAAACGGAAAUGCCCCAGAGAAUUUGGAAAAUAUGCAGACCCUAAAACUCUAUACCAAACCCCAACUGCAAGCUGUGGUAGACGAGAUCCAGCAAGAGCGGGAAAAGUACAGGAAAAACCUAGACAACGCUGGGAAAAUCAGUGGGAAAGGGGGAAGUGGAAAGGGAAAGGGAGCAGGCAGCUCCACCAGCCAUCAGUGCCAGAAUAUAGCCAAAAAGAUCGAUAUUAUCGAAAAGCUAAUCGCCAUGGAGGAGAACAAAAUGGAGCAAAUACGUUUGGCCACCGAAUCUCGUCUGCGGCCCUUCAACUGCAAUGCCAAAGAAAAGGGUUAUGUGAAAAGUUUGACCAUGAACUUUGACAUGCUGGCCAGAGGAGAGGAACCGACAGAGGACGAGGAGUUGACCUCCAAAGAUGCCUCGGAUCUGUGUGCCUAUGCCAGGAAUAUCCGCAGAAAUUGCAGUUUGCCGGAUGUCCUGGAGAGCACCGAUUUCACUGGUAUCUACAACAGCCAUGACGUGGAGUUGGCCAAGGAGGUGAUUGCGGAUGAUGAGGGAGCAAGUCCAGAGAUCACUUCAAAUAAUGCUGAUCACGAUGACAUGGGACCGACUGUUGUUUUGAGGAUGGAGCCAGGCAAUCCCAAAACGCUCAAUCCCAUGCCCAUCGAGGAGUCCUCCAUACGCCGCGCCUGCUCGCUGAGCGACCUGCACAUGGGCAACUUUGGCAAGCCUGGAAAAUCGAAUGGCACACCGCAAAAGCCACAGGCUCAGCACCGAAAUGGCAAUGUCUCACGUUCGGCCAGCAAAAGAAACAGUCUGCAGGGCAAGACUGGAUUGGGUGCCUCCAGCAACUCAAUGAACGUCCUCAAUCAGGGUAGCGACUCGGAACCCGAGGACAGCAAUCGGUUGCGUAGUGCCAGCAACGGACAGGGACGCAGUAAUGGACCGAUUGCUGCCAAUCGCCAAUACAGCAACAAGAUCAACAAUGUCAAUAACAAUCGUCGAAAGACACCAAACUUUAGCAGUGCCACACCCAUGCAGGACGACUCCAGUUCCGAGGAGACGCCCAAUAGCACUGUCAACAAUAAGCCCAUUGUGCCACCGAGGCCAAGGAACUUGGCCUUCGAUCACAAGAACAAGCUGAUGAUCAACAAUAUUGGCAGCCCCGGCGGAAAUGCCAGCAAGCAGAGGAGUGGAGUGACCUCCACGGAGGAUUACGAGGGCACAGAUCCCGAAGCCCAAGUACACAAUGUGAUCAAUAAACUUUACACGACAACCCAGGCAGCCAUGCAGCUACAUGCGAAUCUAAAGAAUUCGCUGCUGCUAAAGGAACUGGAGAACGCCCUGAUCAUGUCCAGGAAUAUGCUCAGCAGCAUCACCAAUAGACAAGCGGAGAAGACAAGCAAUGGAGGCGGAAUGGGCGGGGGAAUGGGAGUGGGAGGUGGUGGGGGAUUGAACCACGAUCAGCUGAGCGCUGACAACGGAGACUAUCUGAUGAUGGUCAACAACUGUGCCGAUCUUUUAAGCAAUUUACGCACGAAGCACAAACCCGAUGACUGUGAGAAUAACUCCUAGUGUGUAGAGCUUAGGCUAGACUAAAUGACUAAAAACGAUGGCAGCUGAUCUGCGGGAGGAACUAACCAACACCUAUUUAUUUAACUGAAACCACACACACAGGCGAAUGGCAAACAGAUCAAGCAACCAACCACUAAUUUGUAAUUAAUAACCAUUCACAGUUGAUGUAAAUUUAUUCUUUUAGUAAAUAGAUCAAGUUGCGUAGCGCUAAGUUUUCUGUUUCGUUUUUUGUGCGCGUGUGCAUUUCUUUUAACAAUAAUUUAUAUGGCAACAAAAUGCGUUUAGCUUGAAUUAAAUUCUGUAAAUGUUAAGUUUAAUAAGCAGUUUUUGUACGUGUUAAGUGUUAUUUGAGUUUAAGGCGUCGAUGAAACGGAAUGUCCACAAAUGGUGUGUCGAGCGAAUUGUUACAAAGUGCGCUUAGUCUAUGCCUUUUUUCUGUAUGAUUUAUAAUCUUUAUUUUGUUUGUAUUCUGCUUGUGAAUCAGUCAAAAUGUAAAAGACAGAACUACGAGAAAUGUGUGUCAAAUUUGAAUAUUCCAAAAUUUCAAUUUAUACCCUUAUACUAUGUAUGCCUACUCACGUUAAACUUAUACGCAUCUAGAAAUGCCACAAAUGAUUAUCUGAAAAAUGAUUAUGUGAAGAAUCGCAGAUAUUUCAGACUUUUGAUCAGAGCGAAAACAAAUCUAUUCCCAAACACUUUGUUCUGUAAUUAUUUUGUAUUAGUUAAUUAUUCGAUUGUAUUUACAACAAUUAUAACACUACCUAUAAAUAUACAUAUAUACCUAGAUAUGAACUUGAAUUAGUCCUAAAAUUUACAUUACAAUAAUUUACAACUAAACGAAAUGUAUUAAAAUUAACUUCAAAUAGGAAAAAACCAACAUUACGAUUAAUUAUGCUAUCUAAACACAGAACUAAACUAAAAAACUAAUUCAAAGCGAAAAUAAUACAUAAUGCAUAAUUUUUGAAAACAUUAAACUACGUUUCUAUUUCUUCACGCCUGUUUUCUGUUAACAACAAAAUCGAGAAGCCCAUUCCGUUAACAACUAAAUCCUGAGGCCCCUUGGACUUAUUGCUUAAAUAUUUUUGUUGAUUUGGCAGCCAAGAUUUUGGGGCCUUACAAACUAAAUUCCCCAGAGAUCUGGCCAUAUGCAAUCGUCAUAUGGCACCAGGAUUCCCAAAAAAAACAACUCACGAUGUAUAUAGGAUGGGCAGCAUCUGGAACCAAAUAAUAUCCUCAUAUUCACUCGACUAAUAUAACUAACUGGCAGGAAUUGUGUAUUGUGUAACAUUUAAGAAAUAUUGAAAGUCGAAUAAUAAAAAAUAAUUCAACGUUUA